ACCUGUAAAUGUAUAUGCCGCCGGAUGUCGAGUCCAGCCCUAAAUCUAUACCCACGGCGUUAAUUAAUAGUUGACAUGUUUUCUUCUCUUCAUCCAACUUUCACUCAAAUUCGAUUUGUGGACGGUGUUCCGCGUUUCCACGUGUCUCAUGGCGCAAUUGCAAGACGCUGACUAACUUGGAGGUCUUUCUCGCCAGUUCUCUACUGCAACUCCAAGAAUGUCCUAUCCAUCAACAGUUCAAGCUAUCACAAUCUCAAAGACGGGGGGACCCGAGGUCAUUGAGAAACGCGCGAUUCCUUUCCCCAAACCACCCUCAGAUCAUCUAGUCAUCAAGGCCCAAUAUUUCGGUGUCAAUUUCAUCGACACAUACUACAGAGAAGGAAUAUACCCAGUCCCUGGAUUCCCAUUCGUGAUCGGGAAGGAAGCCAGCGGUGUAAUCGUCGCACUCCCUACAGACGAGUCCGUUUUGAACAACCCAGAUUACAAGAAGUGCGGGUACAAACAAGGUUCCCGCGUCGCAUUCGAUUAUCUGGGAGCACAUGCAGAAUACGUUUCUGCACCUUGGAAAACGGUGUACGUGAUUCCUGAAUCAGUGUCGACGUUGACGGCCGUCUCGGCCCUCGUGCAAGGGUUGACGGCUAUUUCCUUCAUGGAAGAAGCAUACAACGUGCAAAAGGGUGAUAUCAUCCUCAUUCAUACUGCGGCGGGUGGUCUUGGACUGCUCAUGACCCAGCUGGCUAAGUCGCGAGGAGCGACUGUGAUAGGAACGACCUCGACUCCAGAAAAGGCCGCCCUUGUAAAAGCUAACGGCGUGGACCAUGUGAUAUUGUAUAAGAACGAGGACACGGUUGCGCGUGUCCUGGAACUUACAAAUGGGGAGGGUGUUCAUGCAAUUUUUGAUGGUGUGGGUAAAGACACGUUCGAGUCCGACCUCCUAAUGAUUAGGCGGAAAGGCACCAUUGUUUCAGUGGGUAAUGCUUCGGGGCCCGUUCCACCAUUCCCUCCCAUCAGGCUCCAGAAAAAGAAUGUGAAGCUUCUCCGGCCUACUAUGAACAACUACACAUACACCCCUGCAGAGGUGCUCUACUACGGAAAUGCCCUAUUCUCCCUUCUCGCCAACGGCACCUUGAAGACGCAAGUCUUCAAGGAGUAUCCGUUUACUACCGAGGGAGUAAGACAGGCACAGACUGACCUGACAAGUGGGAAAACUACAGGAAAACUUGUAAUCAAAGUCAGCGAUUGAUCCGGGACGUUGUACGAUGCUUGCCAUGUGUAACAGUGUAAUCAUAGUAAGUUAUGUAUUGAAGGAGCGGAUUUUGAAAUGAUAUGAUAUUGACAUAUUGCCCUCGCACAAAGACCCGGAAUCAGUGAAGACUCGCAGGGAAUUGAAAGUUUCAUAUAGUAUUUCUAACAGAUUUAGUGUUUAGAUGCCAUGUUGGCCCUUGGACAGAUAGUCGUUAGCUACCUAAGUUUCACGAAGUGAUGAGACUAUGGAUACAAAGAAAACUUUGGACCUUUUCAAUGGAGAGUUGUUAGGAUAGUUCAGGGGGGAGGGCAAGGGAAACUGCAGUACGGU